CAUCUCUCUCUCUCUCUCUCUCUCUCUCUCUCUCUCUCUCUCUCUGUGUGUGUGUACGUAAAGAACAAAGCAUAGGACAGUUCAGUGGGGCGGACGUUACAUGUCGGACUCCGGGAAGAAAAUGGAUUGAAUUGAAGACGAUGAUGGGGAUGAUCGAGGCCGAAUUUUCUUCUCCUCCGGUGGUGGUGGCGGCGGAACUGUGGCGGCGGAGCUUGGUCUGGGGCUGGGCCACCGCUGUAGCCCUCCUCUUCAUACUCGCAUGGCACUACACUCGCGGGUUCUUCUUCGUCUUCCUGUCUCGCCGAUUGGGCCGCUCCUCCACCAAUUCCCCCCUCUCCCCGCCCAGCGAUCCCCAAUUCAGGGUCUCGGAGAUUGUGUCGGAGGAUGAUCUGAAGUUCCUGUUAGACAAUUUGGAGGAGAAACCCGACGAGGCGGAGAAAUGGGAGAUGGUGACAGAAAGAAGUAACAAUACGGUGUACUAUACUGCAAAAUGCUGCAAGCCGAAGGAAGGCCCCUUGAAGUACUUGAGUGUGACACUAUUUGAGAAUUGCUCUCCUGAACUGCUAAGAGACUUUUACAUGGAUAAUGACUACAGGAAGUUAUGGGACAAGACUGUGACUGCUUUUGAGCAGUUGGAAGUGGAUAGAAGCAACGGAACUGAAAUUGGCCGAAUGAUUAAGAAGUUUCCUCUGUUGACUGCCAGAGAAUAUGUAUUAGCAUGGAGAUUGUGGGAGGGAUCCGAUGGUUCUUUCUACUGCUUUACUAAGGAAUGUGAACAUUCAUCAGCGCCACGGCAAAGAAAGUUUGUACGUGUUGAAUACUUUAGAUCUGGGUGGAGAAUCAGGAAAGUGCCUGGUCAAAAUGCUUCUGAAAUUAGAAUGUUUCACCAAGAGGACGCUGGUCUAAAUGUGGAUAUGGCAAAGUUAGCUUUCUCAAAGGGCAUAUGGAGUUAUGUAUGCAAAAUGGAUAGUGCUCUUCGCAAAUACUCUACCACAAGGCAUCUCCGCCAAGGUUCAGCCGUUGAUGCGCUCUCAUUAAUUCAAAAGGUUCCCCCUGGAUUAGAUACCAAGAACAGUAACAAUGGUGCCCAGAUAUCUGCCUCACCUUCCCUUCGUGAGGGAAGACGGAGCACCGAGGAAGUGAGGAAGCCUAAGAAAUUGCUGAGGAAGCCCUCGAGGAAGGUCCUCGCUAACAGUGUUAUCCUUCUCGGGGGAGUCCUCUGCCUGACUCGGGGUAACCCUGCGCUUGGAGCCACAAUGGCCUAUAUCUUGACUAAACUGAGUAAGCGUGGGGGUUCUUCUACUCCAGGUUUGGGCCAAACAAAUGGUUGAGAUUUAAUUUCUGAAGGAGUAAUGAAGAAAUAAUUAAGAGCCGUUCACGUGGUCCACAACUCCACAUGAGACCUGUGCGUGCCGAUAGCAACAAACUCUUUGUUCUGUAGAGGAGAUGAAACAAUAUGCACAUUAUAUAUUUUGUUAGAAGCAGAUGUUUUUUGUGGCGUUGUUGAGGCUUCAUCUCCCGGUGUGUAGAUAUGGAUUGAGUAUAACCAGUCCACUGGCAUUAUUGUAACUUUUUAUACCGAACGGCUGAAUAUAUGAACUGAUGUAGAUGAAAUUUUGAAUUUAUGUUUUCAUAUAAGUUGAAGCUUAAGCGGAAUGUCAA